ACUUUGCAGGGUGGGGACUCUGCGGCUCCUCGCCUGCGGGGCUGAGUGGGCGCGCUCUCGGUGGGGCUCCGAAGGGCGCGGCCGCGGGGACGACCCUCGGGCCGGGCGAGGAUCUUACGCUUCCCUUCUCCGCCCCCUUUUGUGUUUCCCUGCAGACCAGCCGGUCCCUGGGGGAGCCGCGGCCGCCCCCGCGCCCGGGGGUCGUUCCCUCGCCUUCUCCGGGUGGCGGGAAGGAAGAGGGGGCGGCGGCCGGAGUCGGGGCGGGCGGCCUGAGGUGAGAGCCCGGCCGGCCCCGCUGGGAAUAUGGCGACCGGUGGCUACCGGACCGGCGGCGGCAGCGGCGGCAGCACCACAGACUUCCUGGAGGAGUGGAAGGCGAAGCGCGAGAAGAUGCGCGCCAAGCAGAAUCCCCCGGGCCCGGCCGCCCCCGGUGGGGGCACGGGCGACGCGGCCGGGAAACUCCCGCCGGGGCCCCUGGGCACCUCGGCCGCCGGUGCGGCCAACGAGCUCAACAACAACCUCCCGGGCGGCGCCGCCGCACCUGCCGCCCCCGGCCCCGGGGGCGUGAACUGCGCCGUGGGCCCCGCGCAGCUGAGCCGCGCCGCCCCCGGCCAGCGGCGGCCGGAGGAUGAGUCCCCCGCCGCCGCCGCCGCCGCCGCUUCGGGGGCAGCGCCCGCACGGGACGGUGAGGAGGAGCGGGACGGCGUCCCGGAGAAGGGCAAGAGCUCGGGCCCCAGCGCCAGGAAAGGCAAGGGGCAGAUCGAGAAGAGGAAGCUGCGGGAGAAGCGGCGCUCCACCGGCGUGGUCAAUAUCCCUGCCGCAGAGUGCUUAGAUGAAUAUGAAGAUGAUGAAGCUGGGCAGAAAGAGCGGAAACGAGAAGAUGCAAUUACACAACAGAACACGACGCAAAAUGAGGCUGUAAGCUUAUUAGAUCCAGGAAGUUCCUAUCUGUUACAAGAGCCAUCUAGAACAGUUUCAGGCAGAUACAAAAGCACAACCACUGCCUCUGAAGAAGAUGUCUCAAGUAGAUUUCCCCGAACAGAUAGAAGUGGGUUCAGCAGGUAUAACAGGGAUGCAAAUGCUUCAGGUAAUUUGGUCUCAAGUAGCACAUUGGAAAAGAAAAUUGAAGAUCUUGAAAAGGAAGUGGUAAGAGAAAGGCAAGAAAACUUAAGACUUGUGAGACUAAUGCAAGAUAAAGAGGAAAUGAUUGGAAAACUCAAAGAAGAAAUUGAUUUGUUAAAUCGAGACCUAGAUGACAUAGAAGAUGAAAAUGAACAACUAAAGCAGGAGAAUAAAACUCUUUUGAAAGUUGUUGGGCAGCUAACAAGGUAGAAGAUUCAAGGCUCAGUGUGGAAAAAUAUUUUAAAACUACUGAUUGAAUGUUAUGGUUAGCGCUAGGACAGUAUUCCUAUGCUGUAAUACAUUAAACUAACUAAGUAUGUAUAUUUAUUUCUAGAAAACAGUGGAUGUUUAUUUUCAAAAUAUUUCUUUUUCAUUAUCAGUUUCAAAAAGUAUCAACCUUUUAUUUCACGAAUAAGUAACAUCUUUUAGUUUUUAAACUGGUAGGUUAUGCCUCUUUUGGUUUUGUGUGGUAUUCAAAUAAUAUAUGGUUUAAAGUCACAGCCAUCUGAAUAUAUUUCAUCUAUGGUAGUGCAUUUUCUCCCUAAAAGAAUAUACAUAGUCUUUGUUUACAUGAAUUCAAAUACUUUUUAGGGAGUUACCUGCAAAUGCCUUAUUACUGAUGUGUGCAACCUUUUAUAUGUUGAUGAUUUACUCAUAAAGGUCUUUGUCUACUGUCAUUUGUUCUCUGAGCUUAUUCUAAGCAAUUUAGAGGAACAUAGAGUCACACUCUUUUGUAUAACAGUCAUCUUUAAAAAGGAAAGCUAUUAUAAAAAGUCAGUUAAUAUCAUAUACUAGUUG